UAAUUAGCUAAUUGGACAAUUAAUUUAAUUUAAUCUUCUCAUAAAUGAUUUAGCUUUGAGAUCCAAACUCAAGUAAUCCAAUUUACUGGAACAAUUUAAUCAGUUUCAGUUGAGUUUGAUUAGCUAAUCAAUUUACAAUGGAAUUAAUUUUUUCCAAACUACUUUAUCUUCAGAUUUUAAUUCCAAUUGUUAUUGGUACAAUUUCGGUCUCUUAUGUUCAUCAAAUUAAUGAAUUUAUUGGUUCAUAUGAACGAGGUAAUUUACUUAAUUGUGCAAGUGAAUGUGCUCAAAUACCCGAUUGUACUUGUAUCAGAUUAUCAUCAAAUGGUAGUCAAGUUUGUCAACCUUUAUCAACGGAAACGGAUGCUAAUGGACUUAAUCACACUAAAUGGGUUUAUUUUUCAAUGAUUUUACCCAAUUUAACUCAAGAAAAUGUUGCCCUACGAAAACCGUCAACACAAAGUUCAGUGUUGGAACUGAACGGAGUCUCUUAUUCAGCUGAUCGAGCGGUCGACGGAAAUUACAACAUGGACCCAACUAAAGUACCUUAUCUGUCACAGACCAAAGAAGAGGCCGAAGCCGAUACUUUCCCGUGGUGGCAAGUUGACCUUAAACGUGACCACAUUGUAUCAAUGGUUAAAGUUUUAAAUCGCAAAAAUCCAGCUGAUCGUCUUCAUGAUUUUGAAGUUCGAGUUGGACAUAAAUCAAUUACCUCUGAUCACAAUAAUGCUCAUUUCAAUUUGAAUGGACUAUGCGGAAGUUAUAAAGGAUCAUCACUCGAACCUGGACAAUUUGUGACAAUUAACUGUGAGCCUUGUCCAAUUCUUGGUCGUUUUGUAACAAUUCAAAUUGUUAAAUUGUGUGAUGAUUGUAAGGAGAAGGAUAAAAAUAUAUUAAAUCUUCCGGAGGUUGAAGUCUAUGGUUCAGCAAUUAACGAUAAAGAUGAGAAAAAAAUUAAAGGUAAAUCACCUAAGAAACAAUCAUCAGACGAAAUUGAUUCAAUCGAUGAUAACAAUUAAAACUUUAACCAAUCAAUUAACCAAUAGUUAGACAGGUAAUUGAGA